AGCAUUUACGACGCACAGGUUUAAUUAUUUCUAAAAGAACAUGGUCUUUAAUAUUGUUACCAUGUUAAAGUUUAAUCUUAUUUAUUUAAUGGUUUAUAGUCAAGAAAGUAAUUUAACAUUUCCAAGUUCUUUAUUAUCUACAUUAAAAACAUUAUUUAAUUUUGAUCCAAAUGAUGUGGGAUUAGAUCCGUAUGAAGAAACAAAAAACUUGGGUUAUCCUGCUCUAAAUCAUUACGUCACAACUGCAGAUGGAUAUAUAUUAACUGUACUUCAAAUACCUCAUGGAAAAUACCAAGAGUACGCAUAUUCAAAACGCCCAGUAGUAUAUUUAGUCCCAGGAUUCCUGGGUACAGCUGCAUGUUUCACGGACAAUAUAGCAACGUCAAAUCAUGCCCUAGCAUAUUCUUUGGCUGAUGCAGGAUAUGAUGUAUGGAUACUUAAUGCAAGAGGAACAACCUUUUCUCGUGGCCAUGUGGUUUAUAAUUCUUUGACCGAUGAAAGAUUUUGGGAUUUUGGAUGGCAUGAAAUUGGUACGAUCGAUAUUCCCACGACGAUAGACUAUAUACUUGAAUUGACUAACCAAAAAGAGUUGAACGUUGUUGGGUAUUCUCAAGGAACCACUUCUUUACUUGUAAUGUUAUCCGAAAAACCUGAGUAUAACGAAAAAGUGAAAGUAUUAUUUGCAUUGGCACCCAUGGCUUUUCUUGAAAAUGUAAAUCCAGGGUUAAAACUUUUAUCAGCAAAUUAUAAAAAAUUACAUAUCAUCCUCUCUUCUUUACAAAUCUUCAACAUUUUCCCGCACAAUAAUGCGUUAUCAGGACCAAUUAUGGCAACUUGUAAUUAUGAAAGUAAUCAAGUCCAAUUGGCACUUUGUGAAACCAUAAUUGAGAGUAUAGCUGGUCAUCCUCAAGAAACCAUAGAUCCAAGAGAUCUCCAUCAUAUCACAAGCCAUUUUCCUGGAGGAGCUUCAGUUCAACAAGCAGUGCACUACGCCCAGCUGAUUAACUACGGUGGUUUCAACAAGUAUGAUUACGGCCAUUAUAAAAAUCUGGAAGUAUAUGGACAAAUAUCUCCACCAUCCUAUAAAUUAGAAAAUGUUCAAAAACGUAUUUAUUUAAUAUAUGGAGAUGGUGAUGUAAUUGCAGAUAAACAAGAUGUACUGAAUUUAUAUAAACAUUUACCCAAUGCACAAUUAUGGCGUGUUAAUUACACAUUAUGGUCUCAUUUGGAUUUCUUGUAUGCGAAAAACGUUUAUAAUAUCUUGUAUAAAGAUAUUUUAGAGAUAUUAAAUCGGUAG